AUGGAGAGGAAGGCGUUGUUGGUUUGCAGCGUUGUGGGUGUUCUGGGUUUGCUCUCAGUUGCCUCUGGUUUCGGCGCAGAAGCCACCCGGAUUAAGGUCUCACCCCUUACCCUCUAUGCUUUUCUGCUUCCGGAUCUCUUCAUUCUUGUACUUACUAGUGGCAUUGCACUUUAG